AUGCGUGAAACAUACUUCCGUAGGAUCACCGGUAUCGAAGAGGAGGCGUUCGGCGACGGGGUGCGAGAGUGUGUGUGGUACGUGCCAUGCCCUGCAAUGUGGAGUUAUGUGAUGGCCGCAGCGAGAGGUGACCCCCGGAGGCACCCCGGUCCGGUCUUCACUGUCCAGUCCGCCAACUGUGGCGGCCCCGGUCCCUGCAGGGACGGACUCAACACACAUGCCAGGUACCCGGCAAAUUCCACGGGACCGUUUAAGUCGCCACUACAGAAGGAUGGCGUGUCGAGGGGAUUUUCCCGGGACGAUCUGCGAGCGGGAUUAUCGCGGGACGGAUCGAGGGACGUUCUGGCCGAGGUGCGAGUCCAGACGCCGCUGGAACAAGACGGAUAUGAUGCCAACCACCAAGCUGAGCUUCAGGACAGUACACAGCAGAAUCUCCUGUCGGCGGUGCGGGGUCGGUUGCGACAGGUGGCCGCCUCGUUGCAGGCCGCCAUCCGCUUCCGCAGGUUCUCCCGCAAGGAGUCCCAGCCGCCGGACUGGUUCGUCGACAAGAGCCAUCAGGACGACGCGGCGGACAACUCGUCCGACCCCGAACCCACUUGUUGGGGUCAUCACAUCGUAGUCGAUCCGGCUUUGCCCUCACACUACAAGUGGCUGAUGGUGGUGUCGUUGGCGGUACUGUACAACGUGAUCUUCGUCCUGGGACGCGCCGUCUUCUGGGAGCUUAACAAUGCGGUGCCGGCGCUGUGGUGGACGCUGGAUUACUCCUGUGAUGUGAUCUACAUUAUAGAUACUCUGGUGCACGCGCACGAAGGAUAUUUGGAGCAGGGUCUGUUGGUGACGGACGCCCGAAAGCUCCGGCAGCAUUACCUGCAAUCGAAACAAUGGCGAACGGACAUACUGUCGGUGCUGCCUACGGACUUGGCGUACAUUUGGUGGCCGCCGUAUUUUUCAGUGAAAGUACCAUGUCCAGUGAUAGUGAGACUAAACAGACUUAUUAAAAUACCUAGGUUAUUAGAGUGGUUCGAGCGGACAGAAACGGACACCAAUUAUCCGAACGUAUUCCGCAUAUGCAAAGUCGUCCUGGCCAUAUUGGUCCUGAUACAUUGGAAUGCGUGUCUCUAUUUCGCGAUCAGCUACGCUAUAGGUUUCGGCACUGACAACUGGGUAUACAAUUUGGACGGGCCGAAGAACUCGACGCUGGCGAGGCAGUACAUCUACAGCUUCUACUGGUCAACGCUCACGCUCACGACCAUCGGGGAGACACCGGUACCGGAAAACGACGCCGAGUACCUGUUCGUCGUCGCCGACUUCCUUGCUGGCGUUCUCAUAUUCGCCACCAUUGUCGGUAACAUCGGCUCAAUGAUAUCGAACAUGAACGUCGCCCGGGUGGACUUCCAGAAUCGCAUGGACGGCGUCAAACAGUACAUGGCGUUCCGCAAGGUCGGACGGGAAUUGGAAGCUAGAGUGAUCAGGUGGUUCGCCUACACGUGGGCGGAGAGCGGCGCUCUGGACGAGGAACGCGUUCUGUCAGCCCUACCGGACAAACUCAAGGCGGAAAUUGCCAUACGCGUGCAUCUGGACACGCUCCGGAAGGUCAGGAUAUUCCAGGACUGCGAGCCGGGACUGUUGGAGGCUCUGGUGCUCAAGUUGAGGUUGCAGGUGUUCUCGCCCGGCGAUUAUAUUUGUCGGAAGGGCGACGUGGGCAAGGAGAUGUACAUCGUGAAAAGGGGCAGGUUGCAAGUGGUCGCCGACGAUGGUAUCACGGUGCUGGCGACGCUGGGGGCCGGCUCUGUGUUCGGGGAGGUCAGCGUUUUGGAUAUCGCCGGGAAUCGUACCGGGAAUCGGAGGACGGCCAACGUCCGGUCUUUGGGAUACUCGGAUCUCUUCUGUCUGGCCAAGGACGAUCUAUUGGUCGCUCUUGCUGAUUAUCCGGAGGCCAGAGCAACGCUGACGGAGCGCGGUUGCCAACUGCUGCGCAAGGACGGUCUGCUGGACGAGGAGGUGUUCAAGAAGGCGCGCGAGACGCAGGACUCGAUGGCGGACAGCAUCAAGAAACUGGAGAACACCGUCGACGUGUUGCAGAACCGCCUCGCCAGGCUUCUUGCCGAAUUCAGCGCCAGCCAGGCCAAAAUCAAACAACGACUCACCAAAAUCGAGAACAAUGAUAAGGACAAGGAGGACGGUCCAUUGUCGGACACGUUGGCAAUUCCUGUUGGGAGGAGAAGAUUGAAGUCCUUCGAAGCAAGACGAGAGGUAUCUGAGUCAAUAGCACGCCAUAAGACCAUGUAAUGUUUAUUAUUUAUUUUUGUUGAUUGUUAGGGAAUAUCAGAUGUGUCAGUUGUUGUGACAGGUUUUAUCACAAUAUCUGAAGUAAAUAAAUAAUAUUUUUAUAUUAUAGAAUAAAAUUUUAAUACCGUUCACGGUAAAUGACGUUAUAUCAAUUAAAUUGAAUUUUAAAUACUUGAAUGUCCAUCAAAAUUAAAAUAAUUCAGUAAUAUUUUUUAAAUUAUGUAAUUACAGGUAUGGUCUUCCAUGAUAUUAUUAUAUUUUUUGAUAUUGCGAUUGAGAACUUCCAACAUUUUUUAAAUUUUAAUUUUGAUGGGGCAUUCAAUUUUAAAUUUUUUGUGUGGAUUAUUCUACUUUUUGAUGAUUUAAUUUUUACAAAAAGUAUUUUUACUAUAGCCCCUUAAGCAAAACAUCACAUAAAAUCUGUAUUUUCACUUAUUUAAUCUUCAUUUCAAAGUGGAAUAACCGAACAUUUUUCUUAUGGUGCUUGUUUAUCUAGUACUUUGUGUUUUGUGCAAUUGAAUGAAUUAUAAAAAAACGGUCAAUGAUGAAAGGUGAAAGAUUAGACAUAUCUAUUUUAUUAAAAAGAGAGAACUAUUUUGAUUUAACUGCAAUUAUGUGCUUAAAUUGUUUAGAUGUAAGUAAUUUACAAGCCUUAUUAUAAUUGUGAUAAUGUUUUAUUGUACAGUAUAUUGUUAAGCGAUAUCUUAAGAACAACUAAUUGUUAAGAAAUAUUUUUAGAUGAAUUAAAUAUGAUUAUGUAUAUGUAGCAAAAAAUUCUAAUUACUCAAAUGAAGUAAUUUAUAAUGUAAAAUUGUCCAAAAUAAUAAAUGACUGUAAUUUAUA